GUGAUCAUGAUGAUAGUGUAGUUUGUCCAGUGUUUUAAUCUAGAAUCUGAUUGGAAUCAUCCUCCAUAAUUAUCCACCUUAAUCCCUGAUACCAUAGAUGUUGUUAAGUAUGUACGAAGCUGAGUCCGGCUUCAAGAGCAUUAUUGGCUGCCGAAGAUUAGAAUUAACUACCAUCAAAAACUCCUGAACCAAUUUGCAUCAUGGAAACGACCAAAUAACUUCCAUAAAACCAAUUCAAUAUAUUUAUUUGAUGGUGAUAGUCUGGUAGAGACAAAGAUUGUUCUAAUUACUAGUAUAAACUAAUGACCAACAUCAAAUAAAAUUGGUUUGUUUAAACCACUAUGUCACUGGUAUUUGAAUUCAAUUAAUAUGAAAGAACCAAUUGACAAAAACAAAAAACUUUUUUGACCAAACCAAACAUGACAAGUAUCAUUGCAAUUACAUCAUUGACUUCUGUUUUUUUUCUCGGAUUAAACGUCUCGUGGGUUGUUUUAAACUAGAUAAAUACAAUGAUAGGACAUUGACCCUACAACAAUAAUAAUUAUCUGAAGAGAAAAGAACAUUAUCUGGAAAUCUGACCUAAUCCCAUUGAUAUAAUUAUUGGCCUAUUAUUAAGAACCUUGAUCGAAUAUAUAUGACUAGCAAGAAAAUUAGUUAUUGUACGUUUCAGUUUUACUAGAUUAUAUUGGUGUAACUUGAUGUUAAAUAGUAACAAAAAAUUAGUGGAAACGUCAAUGUAAUAGGUGGCCAUGAAUUUAUGCUGGUGCACUCCCGUUCUUUCUUUCAAAUUUGGACUUCAAGAAGAAUCCAAACUAUAUUCUAAUUUUUACUUAUACAAUAAGUAAUAUUACGCAUUCUACUCUAUGCAAUUUAAUAUUCUAAGAACGGUAAAUGUUUGAGCAUUUCGUCUAAUAUCUUUCGACCAAAGGUUGGAAAAAACAAAAAAUUGACUAUAGAAGUAAUCAAACUCAACCUCUUUUCCCGCUUUGAACAUUCUAUUUUUUUUAUUCUGUCGCUUAAUUUUUUUUAUUGUGGGGAGAUAUGUCAUCGGCGCCGCCUCCAGGUUCUACUCCGUCAACUCCUCCACCACUUCCUCCCAUUCCUCCUUCACCUCAGCCUACCGUCCUUCCUCCUAUACCUCAGCCUCCCGUUGUCCCUCCUACCGUCCUUCCUCCUAUACCUCAGAGUCAGCCUCCCGUCGUCCCUCCUCCUAUCCUUCCUCCUAUACCUCAGCCUCCAGCCAUUCCUCCUCCGUCUCCGCCUCCGCCUACACCUAAUUCUCCUCCACCUCCCUUGACGCCUUCUCCUCCACCUCCUUCUCCCAUCACUCCUUCACCUCCCUUGACGCCUUCUCCUACGCCACCAUCUCCCACCACACCUUCUCCUCCACCUCCGUCACCUCCCUUGACACCUUCUUCUCCGCCUCCUCCACCUUCUCCCUUGAGACCUUCUUCUCCUCCUCCACCGUCUCCCGCCACUCCUUCAACCCCACCUAGAUCUUUCCCAUCUCCGCCGCCUCCUCCAACACCCACUCUGCCUCGGUCGGACACACAAAGCCCUCCACCUCCAGCAACUCCCUCUGGCGGGGGUCCGCCAUCUUCCGGUGGAUUAUCAAAGGGAGUGUUUGUUGGGAUUGCCAUCGGAGGAGUUGCUAUGCUUGUUGUGGUAUUGACUUUGAUUUUUUUCCUUUGUAAGAAAAAACGACGAAGAGAUGAUGAAGCACCUCCUGCUCCCAUAGCUGGAGGCCCUUACGGUGGAUAUCAGCAACAAAAUGCAUCACGACAGUCAAAUAACGUGAUGGCUUCACUGCCACCACCGAUGCCAACCUCUGCACCACCACGUCUGCCACACUUAAUGAGCAGUAGCAGCAGUGGCGGCUACGACUCAAACUACUCAGAUCAAUCAGUUCUUCCUCCACCAUCACCAGGGCUUGCAUUAGGCAUCUAUCAAGGCACUUUCAAUUACGAGGAGCUAUCUAGAGCCACCAAUGGCUUCUCUGAGGCCAAUUUAUUAGGACAAGGUGGUUUCGGCUACGUUUUUAAAGGUAUGUUGCGUAAUGGAAAAGAAGUUGCUGUAAAACAGUUGAAAGAAGGGAGUUCUCAAGGAGAGAGAGAGUUUCAAGCAGAGGUUGGGAUCAUUAGCCGAGUUCACCAUAGACAUUUGGUUGCUCUUGUCGGUUAUUGCAUCGCCGAUGCUCAAAGAUUGCUUGUGUAUGAGUUUGUUCCCAACAACACUCUCGAGUUUCACCUCCAUGGGAAGGGACGACCUACAAUGGAAUGGAGUUCAAGAUUGAAGAUUGCGGUUGGUUCUGCCAAAGGAUUGUCUUAUCUUCAUGAAAAUUGCAAUCCUAAAAUCAUCCACCGUGAUAUCAAGGCGGCAAACAUAUUGAUUGAUUUCAAAUUUGAAGCUAAGGUUGCUGAUUUUGGUCUUGCCAAGAUUGCUUCGGAUACAAACACCCAUGUAUCUACACGUGUGAUGGGAACUUUUGGGUAUUUAGCUCCCGAAUAUGCUUCAAGCGGAAAACUGACAGAAAAAUCUGACGUUUUCUCAUUUGGCGUUGUACUUUUGGAGCUAAUAACCGGACGUCGCCCUAUUGAUGCAAACAAUGUCCAUGCAGAUAACAGCUUGGUUGAUUGGGCACGACCUUUGCUUAACCAAGUAUCUGAAAUAGGAAACUUUGAGGCUGUGGUUGAUACAAAGUUGAAUAAUGAGUAUGAUCGAGAAGAGAUGGCUCGCGUGGUUGCUUGUGCCGCAGCUUGUGUUCGAUCUACAGCUCGCCGCAGACCUCGCAUGGAUCAGGUUGUGCGUGUACUAGAAGGAAACAUAUCGCCUUUAGAUCUGAACCAAGGGAUCACACCAGGUCACAGCAAUGUGUACGGCUCAUCUGGAGGAAGCACGGAUUAUGACUCGAGCCAAGACAGUGAAGGCAUGAACAGGUUUAGGAAAAUGGGACUCGAGACUCAAGAUUUGUAUACUAAUCCAAUAAGUGAAUAUGAUUUGUACCCGUCUUGGUCGAGCACUGACGGUCAGACCACACGUGAAAUGGGCAAUAUUAAAAGACCUGGUCAAGGUUAUAGUUAAAGAUGCAAGAAAUUACAUGUUUUUUUUUUUUUAAUUUUUCUUUAUAACUGUAAAGAUUUGAAGAAAUGUUUUAACUCUAAUUGAACUACAAUCUAUAUGAUGAUACACAUAUAUACAUACUGAUUUUGUAUUUCUU